AUGACUCGUGACCGCCGGUGUGGCGGUGAUACGGUCCCCGCAACAGCCCUAGAUGCGGAGGGCCGCCAUUUGGCGGAUGAGUUUGGCUCGAAGAGGGCUUGCCUGCCCCUUCACCUGGACACCCAGGUUGCUGUUGGCUUUGUGGAUUGCAGUAUGGCUGUGAUAUGCACCAUGCCACUGUUGUCUGCUGGUUCUCCAGGAGUCUUGGAAAAGAGACGGGACACGGUGUCGUCAGACUGUGAUGUCUUCAUCCGGGGUUUGUUUGGUAGGGACGAGAGGAAGGUAGACAGCAGGACCAUCUACGUAGGCCACCGGCCCUGUCCCGCCACCGAAGCUUUAAUCCCCAAGUUCUGUGACAACAGGAUUGUCUCUUCCAAGUACACGGUGUGGAACUUUCUGCCAAAGAAUCUGUUUGAGCAGUUCAGAAGAAUCGCCAAUUUCUACUUCCUCAUCAUCUUUUUGGUGCAGGUGAUCGUAGACACCCCCACCAGCCCAGUCACUAGUGGCCUACCCCUGUUCUUUGUCAUCACUGUCACAGCCAUCAAACAGGGCUAUGAGGACUGGCUGCGGCACAAGGCAGAUAAUGAGGUGAAUAAGUACCUGGUGACAGUGCUGGAGGACGGCCGGAGAGCAUGCAAGGAGAGCGAGAAGAUCAAGGUUGGGGAUGUGGUGGAGGUGGUUGAGGAUGAGACCUUUCCCUGUGACCUCAUCCUGCUGCAGUCCAGCCGGGAGGACGAGACCUGCUUUGUCACCACGGCCAGUCUGGACGGGGAGUCCAACCAUAAGACACACUACACAGUGCCAGACACGGAGAGGAUCCUGGAGUCUCUCAGCGCCACCAUCGAGUGCGAGCAGCCGCAGCCUGACCUCUACAAAUUUGUGGGGCGUAUGCACAUCUACAGGAACAACCAGGAACCCGCUGUGAGGUCUUUGGGUCCAGAGAAUCUCCUCCUGAAAGGUGCUACCUUGAAGAACACCCAGAAGAUAUAUGGUGUGGCAGUUUACUCAGGCAUGGAGACCAAGAUGGCCCUGAACUACCAGGGGAAGUCCCAGAAGCGCUCUGCGGUGGAGAAGUCUAUCAAUGCCUUCCUGCUGGUGUACCUGUGCAUCCUGGUGAGCAAGGCCCUGGUGUGCACCACGCUCAAGUAUGUGUGGCAGAACCGACCAGGCCAGGACGAGCCCUGGUACAACCAGAAGACGCAAAAGGAGAAAGAUACCAACCUGUACCUGAAGAUGUUUACUGACUUCCUGUCGUUCAUGGUUCUGUUCAACUUCAUCAUCCCCGUGUCCAUGUACGUGACGGUGGAGAUGCAGAAGUUCCUGGGCUCCUUCUUCAUCUCCUGGGACAAGGACUUCUUUGACCCCGAGAUCCAGGAAGGGGCUCUGGUCAACACAUCCGACCUCAAUGAGGAGCUGGGACAGGUGGAGUACGUGUUCACGGACAAGACGGGCACGCUGACCCAGAACAACAUGGAGUUCAUCGAGUGCUGCAUCGACGGCUUCCAGUACAAGUACGCCGACUCGGGCACCGAGCUGGACGGCUUCUGUGUCACAGAUGGAUCCGUGAACAUUCUGCAGCAGAAGGCUGGCAGGGAGAAGGAGGAGCUGUUCCUGCGGGCUCUGUGUCUGUGCCACACGGUGCAGGUGAAGGAGGCUACGGGUCCGGGGGAUGGAGUAGCAGACGGUGUAGAGGACCAGGUGGAUGGCGUCAUGGGGCUGGAUGGAGAGACGGUCGGGCCUGCGGACCUCGGCGGCUUCAUUGCCUCCUCACCCGACGAGGUGGCACUGGUCAAGGGAGCCAUGAAGUACGGUUUCAAAUUCCUUGGUAUGGAGAGCAAGAACAUGAGAGUGAUGAACAGAAACAACGACGUUGAAACGUACGAACUGCUUCACGUGUUGAACUUUGACCCGGUGCGAAGGCGUAUGAGUGUGAUAGUCCGAACCAAAUCAGGGGACACCAUGCUGUUCUGUAAGGGGGCCGACUCCUCUAUCUUCCCCCGUGUCAGGCAGGAGGAGGUGGACAGGAUACGCAUGCACGUGGAACGCAACGCUACGGAGGGCUACCGGACACUGUGUGUAGCCUACAAGCUGCUGAGCAGGGAGGAGUAUGACCAGGCAGACACGGGGCUGAGGGAAGCCAAGCUGGCCCUGCAGGACCGAGAGGAGAAACUCAUGGCUGUCUACAACCAGGUGGAGACCGGGAUGAGCCUGAUCGGAGCUACCGCCGUGGAGGACAGGUUGCAGGAGGAGGCAGCCGAGACCAUGGAGGCCCUGCAGGGAGCAGGCAUGAAGGUGUGGGUGCUGACGGGGGACAAGAUGGAGACGGCCAAGUCCACGUGCUACGCCUGCCGGCUGUUCCAGAGGAGCACAGAGCUGCUGGAGCUGACGGUGCGAACCCUGGUGGACCUGGGGAGGAAGAGAGAGGAGCGCCUGCACGAGCUGCUGCUAGACUACCACAAGAGGGCAGUACAGGACGCUCCACCGAUCAAGGCUGGGGUCACCAGGAGCUGGUCUUCAGCGAACCAAGACUACGGCUUCAUCAUAGACGGAGCCACUCUGUCCUUGGUGCUUAACUCCUCUCCUGACUCCAACUCCAGCUGCUACAAGAGUCUCUUCCUCCAGAUCUGUCAGAACUGUACCACUGUGCUGUGCUGCCGCAUGGCUCCCCUACAGAAGGCCCAGAUAGUAAAGAUGGUGAAGAACUGUAAAGGCAGCCCCAUCACCCUCUCCAUCGGAGAUGGGGCCAACGAUGUCAGUAUGAUCCUGGAGGCACACGUUGGCAUCGGUAUAAAGGGUAGGGAGGGUCGUCAGGCAGUGAGGAACAGUGACUAUGCCAUCCCUAAGCUCAAGCACCUGAAGAAACUGUUACUGGGACACGGGCACCUCUACUACGUUCGUAUUGCCCACCUGGUGCAAUACUUCUUCUACAAGAACCUCUGCUUCAUCUUACCUCAGUUCUUGUACCAGUUUUUCUGUGGAUACUCCCAGCAACCUCUCUACGACGCAGCCUAUCUGACGAUGUACAACAUCUGUUUCACCUCAAUGCCUAUCCUGGCCAACAGCCUCUUGGAGCAGCACAUCUGUAUGGAGGUCCUGAUGGACAACGCCGCCCUCUACAGGGACGUAGCAAAGAAUGCCAUGUUGGGUUGGGGGCCCUUCCUGUACUGGACACUACUGGGGGUCUACCAGGGCCUCUUAUUUUUCUUCGGGGUCCGCUUUCUCUUUAGUAACCCCGCCCUGCAGGAUAAUGGCCAGGUGUUUGGGAAUUGGUCGUACGGAACGAUUGUUUUUACUGUCCUCGUUUUCACUGUGACGCUGAAGCUGGCUAUGGACACUCGCCAUUGGACGUGGAUCAAUCACUUUGUCAUCUGGGGCUCGCUGGCCUUCUACAUGUUCUUCAGCUUCUUCUGGGGUGGGAUCAUAUGGCCUUUCCUUCGGCAGCAGCGUCUCUACUUUGUGUUUGCUAAUAUGCUGAGCUCUGUGUCAGCCUGGCUGAUCAUCAUCCUGCUCAUCCUGCUGAGCCUGCUGCCUGAGAUCCUGCUGCUGGUCCUCCGAAAGCCCCGCGGGCCCCACUCACGACAGAUCGCUGCUGUCACGCCCUUGUCCUACAAGCACCUGAUCGGGCAGGAGUGAAGGGCAGAAAGGAGGGUUAACUAUACUGCGGCCAAUGUCUUUCAGGCCCCCAUGGCAGUCAAGCUGGCUGCCAGCACUUUUGCCUGAUCUAAAAAGAAAAUGGAAAUUGACAAAAAGAAAAUAGAAAAGAUGCUAGAAGAGCCAGGGAUGGACUCCUGUCACCCUCUUCCUGUUUCCCUCUGCAUGUCUGCAGAGUACUGCACCACUGGCCCACGCAGCACAGGCCGUUUUUUACAACAGCUUUACUGCACUAUUCAGACAGGAGGCAUGAGUUUCCGCAGUUUCUUUUUCUUUCUUAAAACAUCUAAAUGAAUGCGUACACGGCUGCCUUGUCAGUAGUACUACUAUGAUCUGCUGUGUUCUAACAUGCAGCCACACCUCCACGGACCCAGAAUGAUUCAUCUGCAUGAAACGAAGGAGGCUCCAUGAAUGCCACAUUCCACUUGUUAUUACUUGUGUGUUUAGGUCAAGGUUUGUUAAAACAAAAAUGUUACUUAACUUUCUGAAACAGAUUCCACAGUUCCAGGCCCAAAUAGUUUGUACAGUACCAGUCAAGUUUUAGAACACCUUCUCAUUCAAGGGCUUCUCUUUUCUUUCUGUUGUUUUCUACGUUGUAGAAUAAUUGUGAAGAUGUCAAAAUUCUGAAAUAACACACAUGGAAUCAUGUAGUAACCAAAAAACUGUUAAAAAAAUCAAGAUCUAUUUGAUAUUCUUCAAAGUAGCCACCCUUUGCCUUGAUGACAGCUUUCCACACUCUUGGCAUUCUCUCAACCAGCUUUGUAAGGAAUGCUUUUCCAAAAAUCUUGAAUGAGUUCCUACGUAUGCUGAGCACUUGUUGGUUGCUUUUCCUUCACUCUGCGUGCGGUCCAAUUCGUCCCAAACCGUCUCAAUUGGGUUGAGGUUGAGUGAUUGUGGACGCCAGGUCAUCUGAUGCAGCACUCCAUCACUCUCCUUGGUCAAAUAGCCCUUACACAGCCUGGAGGUUGAAAAACAAAUGAUACGUCCCAAUAUACGCAAACCAGGUGGGAUGGUGUAUCGCUGCAGAAUGCUGCGGUAGCCAUGCUGGUUAAGUGUGCCUUGAAUUCUAAAUAAAUCACAGAACAUGUCACCAGCAAAGCACCAUCACACCUCUUCCAAGCUUCAUGGUGGCAACCACACAUGUGGAGAUCAUCCAUUCACCUAGGUUGGAACCAAAAAUCUCAAAUUUGGACUCAUCAGACCAAAGGACAGAUUUCUGCGGUCUAAUGUCAAUUGCUCGUGUUUUUUGGCCCAAGCAGGUCUCUUCUUAUUGGUGUCCUUUAAUAGUGGUUACUUUGCAGCAAUUCGACCAUGAAGGCCUGAUUCACGCAAUCUCCUCUGAACAGUUGAUGUUGAUGUGUCUUACUUGAACCCUGAAGCAUUUAUUUGGGCCCUCAUUUGAGGUGCAGUUAACUCUAAUGAACGUAUCCUCUGCAGCAGAGGUAACUCUGGGUCUUUCUUUAUUGUGGUGGUCCUCAUGACAGCCAGUUUCAUCAUAGCUCUUGGUGGUUUUUGCGACUGCACUUGAAGAAACUUUCAAAGUUCUUGACAUUUUCUGGAUUGACUGACCUUCAUGUCUUAAAGUGAUGAUGGACUGUUGUUUCUCUUUGCUUAUUUGAGCUGUUCUUGCCAUAAUAUGGACUUGGUCUUUUACCAAAUAGGGCUAUCUUCUGUUUCCAACACCUACCUUGUCACGACACAACUGAUUGGCUCAAACACAUUAAGAAGGAAAGAAAUUCCAUAAAUUAACGUUUAACAAGGCACAGAUUGUUAAUUGAAAUGCAUUCCAAGUGACUACCUCAUGAUGGCAAAGGGUGGCUACUUUGAAGAAUAUAAAAUUAAUUUUGAUGUAACUUUUUUUGGUUACUAUGUUAUUUCAUGUGUUAUUUCAUAGUUUUGAUGGGUUCACUAUUAUUCUAGAAAGUAGAAAAUGGUAAGAAAUAAAGAAAAACCCUUGAAUGAGUUGGUGUCUAAACUUUUGACUGGUACUGUAAGUUACAUGAUUCCAGUCCAGGGAUCAAGAAAGCAUGUUCGCUCAAUACAGACGACGCUGCACACGAGUUACUGAAUAUCUUAAACAAAAUGGGAGGGUUUAGAGGCACAGCCCCCUACUGGGUUAAGGGAGGGUUUAGAGACACACCCCUACUGGGUUAAGGGAGGGUUUAGAGGCACAGCCCCCUACUGGGUUAAGGGAGGGUUUAGAGGCACAGCCCCCUACUGGGUUAAGGGAGGGUUUAGAGGCACAGCCCCCUACUGGUUUAAUUCUCCAUUUUCCCAUCUUCCCAAAAAGUGUAUGUGAGUUAAUCAAAAUGACCGGUAAUGACUUGUGCUUGCCAACGUUUCUACCAGGUUCCGUGUCUGGAGCGUGACAUGUAUCUUCCAAGCAGAAGGCCGGUGAUAAUAUAAGAAAAUCCCUAUUUGGAUUGUGUAAAUUAUUACAUGUGCUGUAGCUAUAGAUCUGAACCUGUUUGAAUGCCUCGUGCUUGAAGCCAAAAAUGUAUCUGACCUGGGGGGAUGCAUGUCAUGCCCAGCACCGUCCAAAUAUUGCAAAAUAUGUUGCAGAGUGUGAGCAAGUUGUUUAUGUGUGAAUGUGUUUCUCAUACAUUGGUUACCCAGCUGUACUGGAUGGGAUCCAUGGCCUAAAAAGCAACCUGUGUGUUUCAUUGAGACACAUACAGUGUUUUCAUAGGAAUACCUGUAGCUUCCCUGUAGAUUAGCACGUGGUUGUCAUGACCUGUCCUCUAAAGGACAUCAGGAGUUCUGAGGAUUUUCCUUUGGGCACGCGGUCAGAAAGGCACAUUUUGUCAUAUGCCUAAACACACGCAUGAUGCGCACACACCUCCGCAUUCACUAAUACGCACAUGCACUAAAGGCCUAAAAUGAGGUAUCUAUGUCCCAUUACCACUUAGUGUUUGUCAAAGGUAACGAUCCCAACUCCAGACUUGCUCAUCAGGUAAUGUGACCACCUGCUGACCUUACAUCAACAUCCAUAUCUAUUUAGGAUAUCUGAGAAGGGUUUCUUACUGACCUCUGGUGUUAGUGCUUCAUACAUUCCGUUUCUACAUGCCAUGAUUUGAAUCACUUUUAGAUACUACGGGAGGAUUUUGGUUUUGGAACGUGUAAGAAUCUAUUUGACAUAUUUAUUGUUCUGUGUAAUUUUACCCACAAAUGUUAUAUUUUUAUUACGUAUUCGUUUUAUUGUGCAAUUUCAGUAUGCCUGCGUUACUUCAGAUGAGAUGUGUGCCCCUGUGCCAACCCGUAUGUCCUACCUUACACCAUAUCCUGUUCCCUCCACCGUUCUGGUCGCAGGUCAGAUUACAGAGCACUGGUUAGAGGUCAAUCAAGCCAUAUCUAGGCUUUGAAUGGAGCUUCAGGUAUUUCUGGCACAGAGGGGUAUGUCUUGUCCUUUAAAAAAAUGCCAUAACUAUCAAAUAUUUGAUAAUGAUGGCUGUAGUUCCUAAGUUCAGUAGCUUCAGUUCAGAUGGACUUCAUUCCAGAUCCUUAGUGGUUGGAGAUACUGUAACAUCUACAUGCUGGCUGUACAUGAUACUGAGCAUAUGCAACCUGGUGUCCCCUCCAUGCCAAAUGUGAUUUACCAUACUUUCAUAUGGGUGAAAUGUAUAUAUUUUUCUUGACUUCAAGGGUCUGGAGUGCCCAGAGGGUUGUGUACACCAGAUGGAGAUAUUACGGAGGACUCUAUGUAACGUUUCCUUUUGAAACACUAAAGCUAUCAGGGGGCUGAGUAUGGGCUGUGCUCAGACUAGCGUGGAGAUACCGCUGGACUCUCACCUGCCUGGGCUGUGUGCUAGGUCGGGGUAGGAGUAGGACUUACUAUAUGAGGGGGGUUGGGGGGGGCAUUACAGAUGCUGUUUUCAAAAGCUUACAAAAUGUAUUGGUUUCUCGUGUUUUGCCUGACCAAAAAAAAAAAAAGAAUGAUUGUAUUUUUAAUGCAAUCCUUUUUCCAGCCAUUUUUGUAAGAAUAAUCGAAACGUCCCAAAAAAAAAAAGCACGAGCGGCUGGAUGAAUGUGGAGAAUGGCCCUGGGGUGGGGUGCCGUGGGGUGAUGGGCACAAAAUGGGCACCUCACCCUGGCCCCAGGACCACCCCAUGUCUGGCCCCAGGACCACCCCACAUCUGGCCCCUGGGGCUCCAGCCUUGGCACUCUGAACCUCCGACCUGAAUGUAGCACUUUAAGACCAGUUUGUUCAACACAGUUUUUCUGUAAUAAAUCACAAUAUUAUGAA